AUGCGUUUGCAGGCUACCAGCUAUCUGCUCCCCUUGGCCGCAGUUGCAGCCGCGGCCGCUGGGGAUGUUGUGUCUUUCCUGUACCCAGAAGGGUCGUUUUCUGGCGACGCCAAGCUUAUUGGCACUACUGGUGGACCCCUUACUACGUUGGAAUUUAACUGCCCUGAAACUGCGCCCGCCACUGGCACCACUGUUGCAGCUACCCGAUCCGCCGCAGGGUUUGAUGAUGAGGAUGAUGACGAGUGCUGGGUCCCCGAAGGGGGUUACACCAUCACAGCGGGCAGUACCACCUUUGAGUUUGCCUAUACAACUCCAGGCCUUACCAUCUCGGCGGGCUGCUCUUUCGACAGCACCACGUAUGCAUCCUGCAAAGCGACUAGCACUUUCGUCUCAGAUACCGGAGUUCAAAAUUUCGACACUAGUUCCUCCAUCCCCCAUGUGACUGUCACCAUCACUGCCACUGAGUCUGCCUCUACCAGUGCUACCGCCUCUAUUACUAGCUCCGGUGCUUCCAAGACCACCGCCUCCAACACAAGUAGUUCUACGUCGGGACCUUCAUCUUCUCGCCCUUCUACUGCUGCCAUUAGUGACAACGCGGGUAUGCCAUUGGCUACUGGCGCUGCUCAGUACGUAGCUGGCGGUGCGGUUAUGAUGCUUGCACUGGCCAUGGCUUAG